ACUUUCACCUCCUCACAGACAAGCGCCUCCUCAGGCCUCUCCUGCUCAGCGUCGUGCUGUCAAGCGUCCGGCGUCUUUACAGGAUGAUCCGGAUGAGAUGGAGCCGACGCCGAAGAGAAAGAGGCUAAAUGGGCUGGCGGCUGAGGUCACGCCUCCUCCGGCCCAGACGCCAUCAUCCUCUCAGCAAAAUAAAGCAGACGCUGAGGAGGUCGAGUGCUCUUCUGUGUCUCAACUUUCACCUCCUCAGAGACAUAUGCUUCCUCCCGCCUCUCGUCGCCGUCUUUGGCGUCCGGCUCCGUCUUCACAGGAUGAGAUGGAGCCGACGCCAAAGAGGGCCAAACUUAAAAGGCUGUCGGCUGGUGUCACGCCUUCUCCGGCCCAGACGCCAUCAUCCGCUCAGCAAAAUAAAGCAGACACUGCCGUGGCCGACUGUUCUUCAGUUUCUCAACCUUCAACUAAUAACAGUCGGCCAAUCCGGCAAGUGUCUCCUCCCGCCUCUCUUCCUAAACGUCGUGCUGUUAAGCGUCCCGCUCCAUCCACUUCACAGGAAGCAUCUGAAGGCAUGGUAUCAGACGCCAAGAGACCCAGACUUGAUGGGUUACUUUAAAAAAAAAGAGAGAAGAAGAAGAAGAAGAGACCCAACUUCACCUCCUCAAACCCCGAGCAGAAAAUAAAUAAAAAUAUUUUGAUAUUAAA